CCGCCCCACAGUGCAGAGGAGGAAGCGCCCGCCCCAGCGGAGCAGGCCCAGAGGAAGUGAGCAGGGCCCUGCCUCGCCACCCGGCCCAGGCCACCCACCCUCCCAGGAAGUGGGACCUGCCUUGCUCAGGAGCAGGACCCUCUUCCGCGACUGAGGCCUGGUCUCCCUGUGUGCGGGAGGCUGCCAGGGCAGGCCCGAGAGAAGAUGGAGCCCGAGUUCCUGUACAACCUGCUGCAGCUCCCCAGGGAGGUGGCCCUGCCAGCAGAGGAGCAGCUCCCGCAAGGAGCAAAGAAGAAAUACCUGCCAUCCAAUUCCCGGAAGGACCCCAAGUUUGAAGAACUGCAGAAGGUGCUGGCGGAGUGGAUCAACGCCACCCUCCUCCCCGAGCACAUCGUGGUGCGCAGCCUGGAGGAGGACGUGUUCGACGGGCUCAUCCUGCACCACCUGUUCCAGAAGCUGGCGGAGCUCAGGCUGGAGGUGGAGGAGAUCGCCCUGACCGCUGCCAGUCAGAGGCGCAAGCUGGAGGUCGUCCUGGAGGCUGUGAACCGGGCUCUGCAGCUGGAGGAGCCGCAGGCCAAGUGGAGCGUGGAGGCCAUCUUCAACAAGGACCUGCUGGCCACCUUACACCUGCUGGUGGCCCUGGCCAAGCGUUUCCAGCCCAACCUGCCUCUCCCGCGCAAUGUCCAGGUGGAAGUGGUCACCAUCGAGAGCACCAAGAGCGGCCUGAAGUCGGAGAAGUCCGUGGAGCAGCUCACUGAGGACAGCACAGACGAGGACCGACCUGCAGAGGACGUCUUUGAUGAAUUAUUUAAGCUGGCUCCGGAGAAAGUGCGCGCCGUGGAGGAGGCCAUUGUGAGCUUCGUCAAUCAGAAGCUGGAGCGCCUGGGCCUGUCGGUGCAGAAUCUGGACACCCAGUUUGCAGACGGCGUCAUCUUACUCCUGCUGAUUGGACAACUGGAAGGCUUCUUCCUGCACUUAAAGGAGUUCUACCUCACCCCCAGCUCUCCUGCAGAAAUGGUGCACAAUGUCACCCUGGCCCUGGAGCUGCUGAAGGAGGGGGACCUGCUCAGCCACCCGGUCAGUCCUGAAGACAUCGUGAACAAGGACCCCAGGAGCACGCUGCGGGUGCUCUACAGCCUGUUCCGCAAGCACAAGCUCAAGGCCGGCGUGGACGGGACCCCCCGCGGCACCCCGCACUAGCGCCACGCCCCCCAGAGCCACUCCUCACGACCCGUCCGGGCUCCGUGGAGGCUGUGCCGAGGGCCUCCUCAGCCCAGCGAGCUCCAGCCUGCGCUGCCGCUCCCGUCCGCUCGGCGUGAACAGCUCUGACCCCACCAGGGUGUCCUGCCUCGAGCCAACCCCCUCGCUCGCGAUAUCGCUACAGUGUUUCUGGGGCUCCCCAGCCCACAGGGGUCCUGGGCAGCACAAAGUUCAGCUCCAGCCCGCUCCGGUCCUUGGCCACCUCCGUCCCCUGGGCUGCACGUGGACAGGGUCAGCUUCUUGCCACCAGGUCCCGGGCAGCGAGAGCCCAGCCGUGCCCACUUCUCCCAGGCUGGAGGCUCUUGGGCGUCAGGACCGUCCGCUGAGGCCCCGGCUCUCCCCACUCUGCUGCCCCUCUGCCUCCCGCUCAGGGUGACGGCCCAGGAGCCCCAUCCGGAGGCAGGAGUUCAGGCGGCUCCAAACCAACCAGUGUGACUCCAGAAGCUAACGCAGCUCCUUGCCAAAGACGCCAGGGCCCAGGCCAAACCCGGCAGCUGCAACUGGGUUUUGCCCAAAAGUCAUGCAGAAGAAAGUCUGUGGUUGAUUGUGGGUUGGGGUCCUCUCUAGUCUGUCCCCAGGAGCAAAGGCCGCCCUUCCCAGUGAGGCUUGGCCUCCUCUGCAAAGGGUGAGAAACCCGCAGGAGAGCCGGGCACAGCUGUGCCACCCCGGGGCCAGCUUCCCCAGGCCCGGGAGCUGCCGUGGGGUGGGACGCAGCUGGCUCCUCCCCAGCCUCCCGCCCUCCCUGCGCAAGCCCCUGUGGAGGAGAGAGGCUUCGGGGCUCUAGACGGUCAGCCGUGGCUCUGGGGGCCGCCUCUGCCCCGUCAGCUAGGGGGCCCGGGAGGGAGUGACAUGGGGAGCUGGAAUAGGGCCCAGACCAGCUGCAGCUGGUGUCCCGUGUGGGGACACUGAGGGUCUCCCUCCCGUGGCCCCACUGUUCCCUGCCCCUCAUCUCCUGGUUCACAGGGCAGAGGGACGUGGGGCCCGGGAAGCUCGCAGCCCUAUCAGAUGACCCCUCUUCAUCUGUGUCCACGUCCCCUCUCCUGCUGCCUCUGGGAAAUGUCCCUCUCCCAUUCCAGGGGUCCCCCUAUGUGGAGCCCGCUGCCUCCCUCUGCUAGGCACCCCUCCAGGGAGACGCUCCCCUCAAGCAGCCUCCCGGGCCUCCCACCCUCCUCGCCCCAGGCUUCACGGUGAACACCCCCGAUCCGUGCCCGCUUCCUGGGGUCCAGGCCUCACACCCAGCAGGCCGGCUCCAAGUCUCCACCUUGCUCUGUUUGACAGCAAAUUUUAAAAUCAUUAUUAAAAAUUAAGUUUUUCGGCCAGG